CUUGCAUUUCAUAGCUCUCUCUUGUUGGGUUUGAAAUUGAAAUUCAAAGGCAAUUUCAAGAUGGAAACAAAUGCUAUCUUGUUAGGUUUGAUAGUUCUCAUCAGUAGUUCCUCUCUUGCCUUUUCCUUUGAGCCUAGUCCCUUGCAGGACUUCUGCAUUGCAGACACUAACAACUCAGUUAGAGUGAACGGCAUGGCAUGCAAAGAUCCCAAGCUAGCUCAAGCCUCUGAUUUCUCAUUUGGAGGCCUCAACAUAGCAGGCAACACAUCAAACCAAGUUGGCUCAAAGGUCACCCCAGUCUCUGUGGCCCAAAUUCCAGGGCUCAACACCCUUGGUGUGUCCAUGGUACGCAUCGACUACGCACCAUGGGGCAUCAACCCUCCUCACACUCACCCACGUGCUACCGAAAUCUUGACGGUUCUUGAAGGCACCCUCCACGUUGGCUUUGUCACAUCCAACCCUGAAAACCGUCUCAUCAGCAAAAUCCUCUACGAGGGUGACGUGUUUGUGUUUCCAAUCGGACUUAUUCACUUUCAAAGGAAUGUUGGGUAUGGAAAUGCUGUCGCCAUUGCUGCAUUGAGCAGCCAAAACCCCGGUGUCAUCACCAUUGCCAAUGCUGUUUUCAAAUCAAACCCUCGAAUUUCUAGUGAUGUUCUUGCCAAGGCAUUCCAGAUUGACAAGAGCAUAGUUGAUGCAAUCCAGUCGCGCAACUAGAUGCUGAAGCAAGGGUCGAGAUGAGGACACAGAAAUUUCAUUAUUAGAUGUGCGAUUUUUUCAUAUGUGACUAGAGUUAUCCUUUGCAUUCUUUGCGUUUGAGUCUGAUUUACGGUCUUAUUUGAAUUUGUAUUAUCAUUUAUUUGCUGUUAAGUG